UGUUGAAGUAAGAAGAGUAGAUAUAGAAGCAACACUUAAAUUAGCUCUCUCCUUUUCAAAUUAACUCUCAAAUUUCAAAGGGGGGUUGUGUGAGGUUGUUAACUUUGUCGUGUGUUUUAAGAAAUGUCCAUUGAAACGCCACCGCUAUUAGACACAGUUGCAAAUGCCGUCGUUGACUACAAAGGCCAGCGAGUCCUCAGAUCCAAUUCCGGAGGUUGGAGGUCUGCAUGUUUCAUCAUAGGUGUGGAAGUGGCGGAGAGGUUUGCAUAUUAUGGGAUUAGCUGCAACCUGGUCAUGUACUUGACUGAGCAGCUGGGGCAAUCAACAGCCACUGCAGCCGAGAACGUCAACACUUGGUCAGGAACGGCAUCGUUGCUUCCUCUUUUAGGAGCAUUCGUAGCUGAUUCUUAUCUGGGGCGCUACCGCACCAUUAUUAUUGCUUCUUGCAUUUACAUUCUGGGACUAGGCUUGCUGACUCUGUCAGCUAUGCUUCCUUCUAUCAGUACCUCUAAUUACGUGGGCAAAAACAAAGUUACAUUAGCUUCUUCCGAGCUCCAAGUGAAUUUAUUCUUCAUCUCUCUAUAUCUAGUAGCAGUUGGGCAAGGUGGACAUAAGCCUUGCGUUCAAGCUUUUGGAGCUGACCAGUUUGAUGGAGAAGAUCCGGUGGAAUGCCAAGCCAAAAGCUCAUUCUUCAAUUGGUGGUAUUUUGGACUAUGUACAGGUUCGUCUGUGGCAAUGUUGAUCCUAACCUAUGUACAAGAAAACCUUAGUUGGGGUCUAGGAUAUGGAAUCCCGUGUGUUGCGAUGGUCAUUGCCUUAGGUGUCUUCUUUCUUGGUACUAGAACUUAUCGAUAUAGUGUCAAAGAAGUGAAAAGCCCAUUUGUGAGAAUCGGUCAAGUGUUUGUUACCGCAAUUAAGAAUCGGCGGGCUAAACCAUCAGAAAUAGCUAUUGAAGAGGAAGCUUGCAGAACCUUGCCACAGCAUAACUCUGAACAAUUCAAGUUCCUUAACAAAGCCUUGCAAGGCAAGGUAUGUACUAUUAGUGAUGUUGAAGAAGCAAAGGCCGUUCUUAGGCUUAUUCCAAUUUGGGCUACGAGCUUAGGUUAUGCUAUUGUGGUUGCACAAACCUCAACUUUCUUUACCGAGCAAGGGGCUACUCUUGAUAGAUCAAUUUUUCCUGGCUUUGAGAUACCAGCUGCUUCACUACAAUUCUUUAUCGGACUGGCCAUUGUUUUUUUCAUUCCUAUAUAUGAUCGUAUUUUUGUUCCUAUAGCAAGAGCUAUCACCACUAAACCUUUUGGAAUCACAAUGCUACAGAGAAUUGGAACUGGGAUGCUUUUAUCUAUCAUUUGCAUGGUAGUUGCAGCUCUAGUUGAAAUAAAAAGGCUCAAAACUGCUAAAGAAUAUGGGUUGGUUGAUAUGCCAGAUGUGACUAUUCCAAUGAGUGUGUGGUGGCUUCUUCCUCAAUAUGUUUUGUCUGGAAUUGCUGAUGUUUUCACCAUUGUUGGGCUACAAGAAUUCUUCUAUGAUCAGGUCCCAAGUGAAUUAAGAAGUGUUGGUCUUGCCCUCUAUCUUAGUAUUUUGGGGGUUGGGAAUUUUUUAAGUAGCUUUCUUGUCUCUAUCAUUGAGGAGGUGACUGGUGGGGAUGGCAAAGAUAGUUGGUUUGCUGAUAAUCUUAAUCGGGCACAUCUUGACUAUUUUUAUUGGCUACUUGCUGGAAUUAGUGCAGUUGCAUUUACUGCCUACUUGUAUUUUGCAAAAUCUUAUAUUUAUAAUAGGCCAAGUACAAUUUAAAUUUAAAUUCAGUCACUUUGUUGUAAGUAAAUUUAAAUUGUAUUUAGGCAUGUGAAUGCUCUAUGUUAUUUGUUAAAUUAAAGUGAAA